AUGAUGAACGAGCAUCGUGCGUUUUCACCAUCAAAUAUUUAUUUAGAGCCACAAUAUUCAUCAGGAUUACUCAUCGACUGGGGAUCGGAUCAAGCUUUGCAAGCUCCAUCAGUAUUCAGUGGAUUUUCACAAACAUCACUCAUCCAUCGUCACACAGUUUCUUUACCUCCACUAAUCAAAAAGUCGAAAAACGUUUAUCUUCAGCGUUUUCAAUAUUUUCUAAAGCAUUUUGCAGCUUAUCGCAAACGUACUGUCAUUGUAUUUUUCAUCAUUGUUGGUCUUUCAUUAGCUCUGCCAUGGCUCAUUGUGGGUCUCAUUCGAUUUCGCCAAGUUGGUUAUGGUCAAACAUGUGUAAAAGCUCAAUGUUCUACGUCAGCCGGAUUAACCUGCUUAUCAAAUGUAUGUCAAUGUAACACGAAUCAAUACUAUGAUGGUAAGAAAUGUCAAACACAAAUGAAUGUUAAUAAAACUGGAUGUACAAGACAUGAGCAAUGUGACUCAAAACUCCAUCUCUUGUGUGUCCAAGGAACAUGUCAAUGUCAACAAAAUCAAUAUUAUACAAUAACAGGAUGCAAACCUUACCUUAUCUACAAUGUUACAUGUACUCCAGGUGUUAAUCCUCUCUGCUCUCCUUCAAUGAGUUUGAUUUGUAGUCCAAUAUUAUUAGUUUGUGUAUGUUCUACGAAUACAUUUUGGAAUGGUGCCAAUUGUCAAUCAGUUUCAUCUUAUCAAGGAUAUUGUUCACAAGAUUCGACAUGUGAUGUAACAAAAGGAUUAUUUUGUCGAAUAUCCACUGCGAUAGUUGCUUGUGAUUGCCCAGAAACAUCAAAAUUAUUCACAUGUGAUUGUUAUAGUGGUCAAAUAUGGAAUGGAACUCAAUGUGUAAACCAACUAGCGUACAAUUCAACGUGCGUAUCAUCAAGUCAAUGUUCACAAACACUCAGUUUAACAUGUAUUGCUGGUCUAUGUGGUUGUCAACUGCCAUUAUACUAUUGGUCAUCUUUGACCUAUAGUCGAUGUACUCCAUGUGAAAUUGUCACUGGUUAUGUAUUAAUUCAAUUUCAAAGUCAAUAUGUUUGUACACGAAUGAUGACUCCUAACACAUUGUCAACAUUUUCCACUAGUCAACAACUUUGUUUAACCAAUGGAUGGUUACUUAUUUCACCGAUCGUGCAAGCAGAUAUUGCCAAAAUAAGUGCAACAUAUCCACCUUAUCGAAUGUGGAUGAAUAUUCAGUAUAAUGCAAGUGGAAGUGGCUAUUUGAAUAAUUUAUUUCCUACAUUACCAAAUUGGAAUUCAGCAAUCGUGAAUAGUACACCUCAAUAUUCAUCAUCGGUCUAUGCUCUACAACUAAUUCCAACAUACGAUACAAAUUUUCUAUUUGAAUCAAACAUGAAUGUGGAUUAUGCUUACACACUAUGCGCAAUCUAUUAA